AUGGAUACAUCUAACAUACCAGCAGCUGGAUCCAGACCCACCAAGCAGACCUUCGAUCAAGCUCCUAUUACAAGAUAAGUAAUCUAAAAUAAAUCUGAUAUUUUUGGAGUCAAUUCUCCUGCUCCUGUUCAAUAACCAUCAAGACAGAGCGCUCGACCAAAAACAGAUAUAUUUAGUACUGAAACCCAAGCAACUAAGCAAUAAGAAAAGGUUCGACAAAAUAAAACCUUUCAAUCUCAAAUUUUCUCAUCAGAACCAAUUGAAAAUGCCCCUCCCCCUCCGAGAAACACAUAAACAAAUGAAACCUCAAAAUAGGAAGUUAAAAGAUACUAGAAAAAGAACAAUGAUAAUAGAUAAGUUGAUCAUGGAAAAGAAUUCCUAUUUGGUAAAAGUGACUUUGACGAAUACAAAUCAUUAAAGAGAGCAGUCACAUUAAACGAAUUCAAGCCAAAACUUGCUUAUGAUCCAAAUAACAGGAGAAAUAAAGAACUUUAUGGAAAUGAAAUAGCUAGAGAACAUCUUCCAACCAAAGAGGUUAAUCUAGAAGUUUCUAGUCCUUAAAAGCCUAAAAAGUCACAAUAACAACAGUAGGAUCAGAAUCCAAGUAAUAGAAAACUAAUGGAAAAUUAAUCGAGUGUUUUUGGUGAUAGUGCAAGCAAACCAAUUUAAGGCUAAAAGGCAGAAAAACUAACAGCUUCAACUCAAAAAUGGAGUACUGUAGGAGGACAGAGUAACAAUCAAGUAAAGGACUUUGAUCCAGAAACAUAUGCGAAAAAUAGAAGGGAGGCUGAAUUGCAAUCCAGUGUGUUUGGUGAAUAGUCAGUUAAAGUUUAGCCUGUCUCAAUUUCAGAAUCAAAAGAGGAAACUGAAACCCUAUAAUCUUAAUCACAAGAGUAAUCAUAAAAAUAGUAAAAGCCAAAGGAGAGAUUGAUUCCCAAUAAUUAAACAUGGUAAUAGACUGACUCUGUAAAGAACAAGAGGGACUUUGAUCCAACACAAUCUCAAGCAAAUAAUGAAAUAGAUCCAUCAUAAAAGAAAAUGGAUAUUCUUAAAUCAUCUAUGGACACACACUAAUUUGAAGCAUAAUAAAUUCCAACAAAUUAAAAAAUAUCCAAUAAAAGUCUUAAAUAAAAGAAAGACAUAAUUUAAAGAGAGGAAAAAAUAACUAAAGAAAAAUCAACAAAAACACAAAGCAAAAAAAAGUGAAAUCCCUAUAAAAUAA